AUGCCUUACCUGAUUCGCUAUCGUGCGUCUGCAGCCAACCAUGCGUUCGGUAGGCCAUCGGCUUCCGCAAUGCCAUCCUUUGCGUCAUGUUACGGCAAUGUUGGAAAGUUCGGAGAGAUCAUCUACACCAAACUUAUACCCUCCUUCUGUUUACACUUUUUUUUCCACAUUUACAACCGAAGUACUAUGACUGAUAUACAUCCCGACCUCGCGCAUAUUUCUGAUGUUAUUAUUAGUAUGCGACGUGCAAUUGGGGUAAUGAAGGCUGAAAUAAUGGAGCGCUUUGAUCAAAAUGCGGCCGUCGCAGCCGCAUUGCACGACCGCAUUCACCAGGCGGAUAACAACCUCAUCGCGCACUGUGAUAUUGAUGCACUGAACGAUGGCAUCGCUCAGUCGCGAAACGUCCUUAACGCCGUGGUCACUGACGUUGGUGCGUGUCAUCAAAGUCUUCAGACAACCAAGAACGUUAUGGCCGCAUGCAAGCAGGCCGUAGAGGCUUCGCAGCUGCAUCUGCGGGACAGAAUCAGGGACACGCAAACCGAGAUAAAGCAGGCAAUAACCACAGCUCGACAAGAACUUAGCGUGGGUAUCGCCACGCUACAAACCAGCCUUCUCGAUGCCGUCGGAAGAGUCGGACGAGACAUUGGCAAGGGUAUAAGCAGUCUAGGCGAGGCUGUCGCGAGCGUUGCAGGCAGUUUCGGGGGACAACUUAGUGACGCGUGCGAGGCCAUCAUCACUCAGACUAGCCUUGCGCGCGCACCAUCCCGCGAGGUGUUUGAUGGCAAAAUGCGUGAAUUGCGGGGCAUCGUUGAACACACGAAUACUUCUGUACAGAAUCUGCCCCGGACUUUAGAAUCCAGCCUCGCCGAGGCAAUGAAAAAUGCUGCGUCCGGCGCGACCGACAACACAACAAGGGAAGUCAAAGGGAAGCUGCAGAAGCUGCAUGAGGAACUGUGCGACAAAGUUCGAGACGUUCGACUUGAGAUGCGGGCCGGGCACUAUAACAGCGCUGCGCGUCUGGCUAACAAGCUAUCAAGCUGCUGCACGAACACCAUCGUCAAAUUGCGCGGAAUCGAAAACUUGCCCAUUCGUACUCUUCCGAAGACUUAUGCUGGCCUGCAGGGUCUUCAAGAAAUGCAGCUACUCAAGGAUUUCCAGCUGGCUGAUGAAGAUUUUCUCGGCCCAGGGUACCGCCCCAGUCCCGCCAGCUGA